AUGACAAGUAUAACAGAUUCUAAAGUUGAAACACCCGUUGCUUCUAACUCGGACGCAGCAGUCGUUGUCGAUGGAGCUCCCGCAAGAAUAAUAAGGAACAAGGCGCUUGUUCUUUCACCAUUUUCACCACGUUUGCCGGUUCCACCGGUCACUGCGCGUCCGCCGUCGGCAAAAUCAGACAUUGUUAUCGCGACUUUAGUUUUAAAGGAUGGUACCAGUUAUCAGGGCUUUUCAUUUGGUGCAGAAAGCAGAUCAGUGGCAGGAGAAUGUGUUUUUCAAACCGGCAUGGUUGGUUAUCCCGAGUCUCUGACCGAUCCCUCGUACCGAGGGCAGAUUCUCGUAUUGACAUUUCCCCUUGUAGGAAAUUACGGCGUUCCUUCAUACGACGACAUGGAACCUCUUCUCAAUGGCAUUCCGAAGUACUUUGAAUCUCGUGAAAUACACAUCGCUGGUUUAGUUAUCGGUCAAUAUUCACAGAAAUUUUCGCAUUAUCUCGCAAACUCCUCCUUAUCCGAUUGGUUAAAGGAGAACGAUAUUCCGGCUAUCUAUGGAAUUGAUACACGUGCACUGACGAAAAAGAUUCGCACUCAAGGUGUACUUCUGGUGAAGAUUUUGUUUCCAAAGAGUGUAGUUGGAAACGCGGCAUUGGGCAUAUCGGAGUCGAAUGAUUUUUUAUCCGCAGAUGGCUCGAAUU